AAAAAAAACUGUCGGGCAUGGUUGUUCCAUGUGUAUUUGUAAAUAAUUGAAUUUCUUUUUUAACAGAAAGUACUAUUGAUAAGCAAAAAUGCAGCAGGCUCAUCGCGCUGGAAACUUAAAACAGAGCAAUAAAGUUCACAAAUCACGUCACAGAUCAAAACGCAGUAUUUCUGCCGCUGUUAAAGGUAAAAUAAGUGUCGAUGCGAUUUUUCGUCGAAAUCGUCAUGCGUUGAGUAAACAAGACCGUCGCAAUCAGGCGAUGCAAAUACGUAAACGAGAUCGGGAAGAAGUUCUGGCCAAGAAACGUGCCAUUGGUGGUACUCGUACGCCGCCUUUCCUGGUUUGCGUUGUGCCUCUUAACGCACAGCUUGAUGUACAAUCUGCUCUGGUUAUUUUGAAAACAUGUUCGGAAACAGCUGUGGCUAGUACAUCAGAAAAUGGAAUAUUGCACAUUAGCUUGCCAAACUUUAAACAGCGUUUCUCCUUUAUAUGCCCUGAGAUUGAGAAUGAAUUUAGUUUACUUGAUGCGCUAAAAGUUGCCGAUACAGUGCUAUUUGUUAGUUCCACUCUUGAUGAACCUGUUGAUGAGUGGGGGGAGAAGGCACUUGCUUUAACUAUGGCUCAAGGUAUACCAACACCAAUUGUAGUCGCAAUGGAUAUUGAAGGAGUACAUCCUAAGAAACGAACAUCUGAAAAACAAAAUGUUCAAAAACUUAUUUCUAAAUGGUUACCAGAAGAAAAAGUAUUACAGCUAGAUAAAAGUUCCGAUGGACUUAAUGUUUUACGUAAAAUUGGUAACCAAAAGCGUAAAAUCAUACACCACAGAGAAAAAAGACCUUACAUGUUGGCUGAAGAAGUGGAAUAUGUACCAGAUUCAGAAGGAGAUUUAGGUACCCUUAAGGUAACAGGAUAUUUACGAGGAAUGCCAUUAAAUGUUAAUGGUUUAAUCCAUAUAACAGGGUUAGGUGACUUUCAAAUGUCACUAAUAGAAGGCCUUGAUGACCCUCAUCCUUUGAACUUAGGUAAAGAAAAUACUAAAUCUGAAACUAUGGAAGCUGAAAUGACUAGAACAAUCCUGCAAAGAGUUGAUCCCACAAAACAGGAGAGCUUAGCAUCAGAAAAUAUUCCAGACCCAAUGGACGCAGAACAGACUUGGCCCACAGAAGAAGAAAUAGAACAAGCUAAUAUUGACACAGUGAAGAAAGUAAAAAAGGUUCCUAAAGGUUGGUCUGAUUACCAAGCGGCUUGGAUUGUAGAGUCUGACCCUGAAGAUGAAUCAACGGGAAAUAGUGAUGAUGGUGAUGAAGAUGAGGAAUUUAUGUCAUGUGAGGAAGAGAACUCUGAUAAAGAAGACAAUAAAGAAGAGAACGAUUUUCAGUCUGUUACUGAAUCUGAGUUUGGACCGACUGAUGAGAAAUAUGAUGGAACUAUAGAUGCAUUGGAGGAACAUGAAAUGUUACAAAAAUUGGCAGCUGCUAAAGAGGAAAGACAGUUUCCGGAUGAAGUGGACACACCACAGGAUGUUCCUGCUAGGGAACGAUUCAUGAGGUACAGAGGACUGGAAUCUUUCCGGACUUCCACUUGGGAUUGCAAAGAGAAUUUGCCAGAAGAUUAUGCUCGUAUAUUUCAAUUUCAGAAUUAUGAACGCACUAGAAAGCGUGUGUUUAAAGAAUUGGAAGACAGUCUUGUCAGUAUGUAUGGUUCUUACAUAACGAUACAUGUGGUAGGUGUUCGUAAAGAUUUAUGGAAUGCUUUCAAUACAUCUAAUGGUAAUGCUCCAUUGGCUGUAUUUGGUCUACUUCCUCACGAGCACAAGAUGUCUGUGAUGAAUGUGGUACUAAAGCGUACUGGCGCCAGUGAUGAGCCCAUCAAGAGUAAAGAACGACUUAUUUUCCAAGUGGGAUAUAGAAGAUUUAUUGUUAAUCCAGUUUUCAGUCAACAUACAAACGGAAGUAAACAUAAGUAUGAAAGGUUUUUCCAACCAGCAUCAACAUGUGUAGCUACUUUCUUUGCUCCAAUUCAAUUCAGUCCAUCAUCAGUUCUAUGCUUUAAGGAGAAAAAGAACACGAAACUUCAGCUUAUAGCGUCUGGAGUUUUACUUUCUUGCAAUCCAGACAGGCUUAUCAUCAAGAGAAUCAUUCUAUCUGGUCAUCCAUUUAAGGUGCACAGAAGAUCAGCAGUGAUAAGAUUCAUGUUCUUCAAUAGAGAUGAUGUAUUGUACUACAAACCAUGCAAGCUUAGGACUAAGUAUGGCCGCACUGGACAUAUUAAAGAACCAUUGGGUACUCAUGGACAUAUGAAGUGUGUGUUCGAUGACCAGCUCAAGUCUCAGGACACGGUGCUACUGAACCUGUACAAACGGAUCUUCCCCAAGUGGACUUAUGAGGACUGUAUCGCUAUAGACAAGGAUUGGAAGAAGGAUGACAUGGAGUCUUAAAUAUAUGUUUUAUAUAUAAA